AUGAUGCAGAGGAAACCCCACUCAUCCCGCCUGGGGAAGAACAACUACAAGAACCACGACGACUACAAAAACCAGGACGACUACAAGAACCACGAAGACUACAAGAACCACAACAUCUACAAGAACCACGAAGACUACAAGAACCACAACAUCUACAAGAACCACGAAGACUACAAGAACCACAACAUCUACAAGAACCACGAAGACUACAAGAACCACAAUGUCUACAAGAACCACGAAGACUGCAAGAACCACAACAUCUACAAGAACCACGAAGACUACAAGAACCACAACAUCUACAAGAACCACGAAGACUACAAGAACCACAACAUCUACAAGAACCACGAAGACUACAAGAACCACAACAUCUACAAGAACCACGAAGACUACAAGAACCACAACAUCUACAAGAACCACGAAGACUACAAGAACCACAACAUCUACAAGAACCACGAAGACUACAAGAACCACAACAUCUACAAGAACCACGAAGACUACAAGAACCACAACAUCUACAAGAACCACGAAGACUACAAAAACCAGGACGACUACAAGAACCACGAAGACUACAAGAACCACAACGUCUACAAGAACCACGAAGACUACAAGAACCACAACGUCUACAAGAACCACGAAGACUGCAAGAACCACAACGAUUACAAGACUAAACAGCUACGAUUUCAUGAACCAAAACGACGAAAACCAGGACGAUCAUAUGAGUUAGGACGACCACAAAAACCAGGACAACUACAAGAACCAAGACUACAACUACAAGAACUAGAACGACUCCAGGUGGGCGAGAGGGCGGGGCCAUACCAAGGAGUCACGUGGUGUGAUGGAGAGAACAUCCUGCCCAUAUACAUUCUUAAUAUCAGAAGUGAUGGGGCAGUCAGUCCCUGCAAGAGACGCAGCAAGAGACCCAGUGACGAAGAAAGGAAAAGCUUUAUGAAGAGAAGAAUACAAGAACUAAGGACGAUGAACGGCGAACUCCAUGAGAAGAUAGAAGCACACAAAGAAGGGUCUCUGGCACGGAAGCGGUAG